AUGAAAGUGUGUUGAUAAUUGCUUUCUUCAAAAUUGCAAAUGGUCAUACAAAUGGUCAAUUUCUCCUUAGGCGUCUGAGUGUAGUCCUAGUUACAAUCUGGUUCCUGUCCUGCCUGCCUUCCAGCUGCCUGCCUUCCACCUGCCUGCCUUCCAGCUGCCUGCCUUCCAGCUGCCUGCCUUCCAGACAGCCGAACUCAGGUUGGUUUUAAUUAAUUAUACCACUGGAAUUGAGCGUUUUCGUAACAUACAUGAAAAUGUACUACUACACCAAAAAAGAGUCAAGAAAUGACUGAGUGCAAAACAGUAGACCCCUGUUACCUUGCCUAAAAUAUCAUGCCUCAACUCAAAUUAUCUUCAGUCCAAGUUGUAGUGCUCCUUGACUAGUGCUGAGGGGCGGGUGGGGUGUUAUUAAUCAACUAAUUGACCGAUGUCGGUUCAGAUUACUUGAAUUCCAUUCAGUCAGGGUUUUUUUGUGAGCCCAAUGCGCUGUUUCUCUGGAGAUAAAUCGAAUCAUUCACAACAGAAAUCAACUCAAGAUCUAUGUGGGACGCUGGGCUGAAGGGAGUUGUAGUUUUCAUUAAACAAAUAUUCUUGGAGGCGCCUUAUUGUAGCGAAAUUAAUAUUAUAUUCUCUGGCAACAGCUCUGGUGGACAUGCCUGCAGUCAGCAUGCCAAUUGCACGCUCCCUCAAAACAUGAGACAUCUGUGGCAUUGUGUUGUGAGAACUGCACAUUGUGGCCUUUUAUUGUCCCCAGCACAAGGUGCACCUGUGUAAUGAUCAUGCUGUUUAAUCAGCUUCUUGAUAUUCCACACGUGUCAGGUGUAUGGAUUAUCUUGGCAAAGGAAUAAUGCUCACGAACAGGCAUGUAAACAAAUGUGUGCACAAUUUGAGAGAUUUUUGUGAGUAUAGAAUAUUGCUGGGAUCUUUUAUUUCAGCUCAAGAAACAUGGGACCAACACUUUACAUGUUGUGUUGAUGUUUUUGUUCAGUAUAAAUAGGAUGACUAAAGACAGAACAGUAUGGGAAGUACAGAGAUAAUGUUUGGCUGCGUCUGCAUGAGCAGCUAUUAUGACUUUAAGGAAUGAAAAAAUAAUAGUCAUCAAAUAAAAACUAAGUAAUAUAGACAACUGAAAUAUUUGAUUUCAGAGUAAUUUUCUAUUGACUACCCAAUGUGGACCUGACAGAAAUUGAAAUAUUUAAAUGUUUUGGCAAUUGAAUGUUAACUAUUUUGGGCUUUGGAAUUUCCAAUUUUAAAAAGCAAAACAUUUAUUUGAAUGUCAUUAUUUCAUAAUGUAUUAUGAAAAUGGGAUAAUUUUUCUAUAAGUGAACUGAAACCGACCUGAUCUAGAAAAGCAUUAAUUGCUCAGCACUAGCGUUAACUCAUAAAUUGCAGAUCCUGCAGAUUUAUCCUUGUGUCGGACACUUUAGGGUUAGAAAAUAUUGUAUUUUUUAUAAUAUUGUAUUGUGAGUUAAAGACAUCAAAGCAUGUUUUUUGCAUUUUCUGUGAUUUAUUUGACCGGGUCAAAAGUUUGCCCUUCUGAAACGCCAUUUUGAUUAGUUGAGGGGAAUUGAUAAAAGCGUGAAACACUAUCUAAAAACAAUUGAUCUUGAUUGCAAUACGGUUUUGGAAACUUUAAACACUUAACUUAAUGAUUAUCCAAAAUAACUUUACAGAUUCAGAAGAUAAACUUGCUGUUUUAGCACAUUUCUUCCACUGAUGGCUUCUAUUAGCUCAUUAUUCCCCUCAGUGGGAAUCUGUUAAAAUGGGGUGAUAUGAAAGUGCAGUUUCUGAGGUUUCAAAACCGUAUUGCACGCAAUGAUUAUUAACGGUUAGACAGUGUCCGAGGUGUUGUACACAUUGGCUGCGCUGUGGUCAAUGGUUCGAAUGAGAACCCAAUGGCAUGCUCAUUGUUUGUCUGUAUUGUAAUUGUUUUUAAUAACCUGCCCAGGGACUGCGGUUGAAAAUUAGCCGGCCGGCUAAAAUCGGCACUUUUACUGAAACGUUGAAUAAUGUACACUGUCCCUAUAAAAAUAAACUCAAACUUAACAAUGCUGCUUUAAGGCAGAAUUUCCUCCAACAUAAAUAUUAAUCAGUCAACAUGACUGACAUGAUUGAAGAAAAUGUCUUUGUCCAAUUUUAUGUCGCUUAGAAAACAUUUGUAUAUGCCAACAACGUUUAAGCAUUUUUAAUUUAUUUGUAUGAAUUAUUACAAAGGAUCCUGACAGACUCGCGCCUUAUUAGUCACAUAAUAAUACUGCUUUACUUGAUUUUGGUGUUCUGUAACGAGACUGAGGGAAAGUGUAUGUAGACAGCUCUAGCAUCUUGAAAGUGAUGCUCGGGAGUAGCAUUAUUUAAUGUUCAAAAUGUUUUGCUGUGGUGGCAAAAAUAUUGCUGUGAAUAAUAUGGUGGUGUUUUUCUCUCAUUUUUACAGUGCCAUACUCGGUAUGUCCGGUAUUCGAUGGGGAGUCCUUAUUCAUAAAAAUUCUUGUUAACCAGUGUCCUGAGUCUGAGAUCAGUUUUCGCACCCAGCGAAAAGGCAGUGUGUUCACGUAUGACAAGGAGAAGGACAUGUGUACUGUGGGGCCACGUUAUGGGGACAGGAUCCAAAUGAAGAAUGACUCCAACGGCCGUGUUUUUGAAUUUCGCAAUGUAACCAAAGAAGAUAUGGAUGAAAGAUAUGUGAUCUAUGCUUCCAAUACACCCCAUCAGAGAUUUGUAAUUACAAGUAAGAAGUCUCCUGUCCAUCUUUUUUUUUUUUUACAUUAAAAGGUUUGAUUGGAAGUACAUGUGACAGUGGUUUCUAAAGUUGUACUGUUGCUUCGCUGUACUAUCUGGAAUAAAACACCAGUUAUAAAGCUGUUAUUCCUAUUGUAAAUGAAUUAACAAAAAUCACUCAUGUUUAUUUAACUUAUGAUGUAUUUUCAGGGAGUACUGAGAGUUCAACCACCGCAGCAGCCCCCCAACCAUCUACAACCACACCAGGAGGUAUUAUUGUCACCUGAUCUUUGACCAGAAAGUAGAUGAUAAAGAUAAUAGUUAUUGUAGUGCAGAAAAAUGUGAUAUUCACGCAAGACAAAGGUGUAUUUGGCUUAUGAUGUAUUUUCAGGUAGCACUGAGAGUUCAACCACCACCGCAGCCUCCCAACAGUCUUCAACCAAACUAGGUAUAAUCAUCUUCUGAUCUUUAAAUUGAAGUAGAUUGCUGAGAAGAUUCUAAUCUGUGUAGUGCAGUAAUAGCAGAUUGGGUUCAUUUGACAUUUUAGUCAUUUAGCAGAUGCUCUUAUCCAGAGCGGCUUACAGGAGCAAUUAGGGUUAAGUGCCUUGCUCAAAGGCACAUUGACAGAUUCUUCACCUAGUUGGCUCGGGGAUUCAAACCAGCCACCUUUCGGGUAUUGGCCCAAAGCUCUUAACCGCUAGGCUACCUGCCGCCCCGGUUUCAAAUAAUAUUUCAUCUUUCAAGCGCUUAAUUGAUAUUGCGUGUUGCAGUAGAAGCAACAGAGAUAUGUCAAAAGUGAAAACCACGCCGAUCGGCAUUCAAAGGCCAACAUUUUAGUCUCGUAAAGACCGCUGUGCUGUGAACUAACGCACAGCAACAAUAUAAAUAACGCGAGCUCCCAAAAUGUUACCGUAAGUAUUUGAAAGAAAAUACAUUCCAAGUUAUUUUUGUUGUGUAGAACUAGAACGUAAAGCAAAAUUCAGAUGCUGUUCUUAAGUUUCACCAAACUCCAAAUGUCACUUUAUGAAAGCUGCAUCCUCCGAAGAUGGAGAGGGUCAGUUGAUGGCUUGAGCGAAGGGAGCUAGACAGGAUGGAAGAUGACGAUGAUGGAGUCUGCUGUCUGCUGAUGAUGUUGUAGAGGGCAAGUCUGGGACCCAGCCUGAGUUGUAUAGGCACUGGACUUCUCCUCUUCCACUCUGUGUAGCACCCACUUUGGUGAUGCCUCAGCAGCUCUGAGCGCCAGAAAGCUCACCACCAGUGUUGCCAACUUAGCGACUUUGUCGCUAUAUUUAGCGAGUUUUCAGACCCCUCUAGCGACACAUUUUCAUAAAAGCAACUAGCGACAAAUCUAGCGACUUUUUCUGGUGUUAUUGGAGACUUUUGGAGACUCUGACGUGAAAGCACGUAUCGUUCUUACUCUUCUCAACGAGCAGCGGGUGCUGCCGUGCGUGGUCCCCGUCCCAAAGCACUCACAGGCGGCCCAGUCCUCGCGCAGCAGUCAGAGCAGGAGAUGUUCACCCCUCCGCGUCCAGACUGCAAAUGAAUCGCGCAUGCGGGAAGGCGCCGCUGGCUGAUCCCGCCCUGUAAAUGUAGGGUGUUUUUUACUCACUUUUUGUCUCUCCCACGGCGUUAUUCCUCUCCUACAGCGUCCAUUACAAUUACAUGCGCAUGGCCAAUUAUGCAAAUUAGGUGAUGACGUCAUUUAGCGACUUUUAGGACAGCCAUAACUACUUUCCUUACUGAGGAGUUGGCAACACUGCUCAGCACUGCUGGAUUCCACUAUUACAUUUACAUUUUAGUCAUUUAGCAGAUGCUCUUAUCCAGAGCGACUUACAGACUUACAGUGAGUGCAUACAUUAUUUUUCUAUUUUUUCAUACUGGCCCCCUGUGGGAAUCGAACCCACAACCCUGGCGUUGCAAACGCCAUACUCUACCAACUGAGCUACAUCCCUGCCGGCCAUUCCCUCCCCUACCCUGGACGACGCUGGGCCAAUUGUGCGCCGCCCCACUAUCUCCCAUUCCUCUCACGCUUAAGGCGACUCCUCAAAUUAUGUUCUCAAAAGGGCAGGAAUUGGUAGCCAGCUGAAACAAAAUGUCCAGAUGCAUUUUUCAAAUGUCGUGUAUUAGGAUUAUGUCUUUGUUAAAUGUUUUUAAGUGGAACUGAAAGAAUGUUCAUUUUAGUAUCAAGAGGGAAUGUUUUAGUGUAGCGCCACAUACAACAGACAGGAAGAGUGUUGUAGACAGGGGAGACUGGUGAUUGGCCAGAAGAGGGAGCCCAUCUUUUUGCAUUGUUUAUAAGUAGGGGUUAAACGAUGAAAGGGCAGAGCGGCCAUUCUGAGGCGUCGCUCUCUGGAUGUCAUGACAUCUGUCACUUAUGCUGAAAGCUUGUGAUCUGAAUAAACCUUAUGAUCAAAGUUCAGUAUGAGCGGACUCCUUUGUUUAUCAGCAAUAAUUGCCACCAUUCACCCGAUACGACACAAACAAAAACGCUAGCCAGCUAGCUAGCCAAAAAAAUUUAACCUGUCAGUCAAUCAGCAAAUCCGUGGCUCAAAAACCCCCAGAUAUAUGCAAUGAAAACACAAUGUUAUCAAAAACAAAAGGGCUAAUUUAAAUAAUAAUUUAAAACAACUAUGUACAAAUUUACAAGAGCUCUGUUCUUAGGCAGCUACUAGGACACCAUGGCAACUAUAGAUCAUGUCCUAAACAACUUUCCAGUGCUGCGGGUGCAUUCCAUUUGUAAAAAUGUAAUUCGGUCAAUUUUGGUGUCAACAAUUGGUCAAGUUUGUUGUCAUUCGCUCAAGUUUUGGACCACAUGAAACCUGCUGAGAUUGCAUUCUUUCCUACAAUGAUUCAGAGAACGUUAGCAAUAGAACACAUAGAAAUUGAUAAAUUAAUACCAUGAUGUCAAUAUGUUAGCCACAUGUUUUAUACAGUACAGUACAUUGACUUUGAGGCAUUUUUUCACCAUAUUGCAUAUCUAAUACCACUAAGUAUUAUAUCAAAGUCAAUGUUAGUAUCGUGACAACAAUGACUUCCCUGCAGUAGUGCUAUCAAGUCAUUUUGUGUCAUGAGAAAUCAUUACAUAACAUGGGUUUAAUUGUAUGGCAAUUUGUGUUGAUUUAUAUGUUAAUGCUAGAACCUGGAAAUAAUCUAGUACUAUAAGUAAUUUUUUUCUGUCUCUGCAGGUCUACCUGAGGAACAUCUGGCUUGGCUGGUACUAG